GAAUCCGGGGAAUGCAAUGACUGUAACACCUAAUAUUGAUAGGCAAGAUGGCGCUGACUUUGAGAAGUGGAUAUCUGGAGAUGCUGAGAACGUGUUGGAGAUUACAAGCACGUCAUGUGAAAAUUCCUGUUCUUAAUCAAAUGGGACUUCUGUAUCCUGCAAUAGCACGUCAUCGAAGUUCUCAGAGCAAAUUACCAUCAAGCAGUUAUGUACCACCGACAUCCUUAUCCAGACCACCGUGGCCAGAAGUGUCCUAUAUCAGCAGUGACGAAGAGGAGAGGCAGCACAAAGUGGUUCUAGAACAUGUGAACACCCUUCUUGCAAAGGAAGACUAUGGAAGGCUUUUUGCAGUUGUCCAUUUUGCAAGUCGACAGUGGAAAGUGACAAAUGAAGACCUGAUCCUCAUUGAAAACCACAUUGAUGCUGAAUGUGGUGACAGGAUUAGACUUGAGAAGGUGCUGCUGGUUGGUGGAGAAGAGUUCACGCUGAUUGGGAGGCCCCUACUCGGUCGUAAUUUGGUCAGAGUAGAGGCAACUGUCAUUGAGAAGACUGAAUCCUGGCCCAAAGUUCACAUGCGGUUCUGGAAAAGACACAGAUACCAGAAGAAAAGAAUUAUUGUGCAACCACAAACAGUGCUUCGGAUCAACACAAUUGAAGUUGCUCCCAGAUUGACAUGAUGGUAUAUGUUUUGAAUUGUAAAUAAACUUUUGGCCAAUGAAUGUGCCACUGAAA